AUGUAUCUCUGUAUCUAUCUAUCUAUCUAUCUAUCUAUCUAUCUAUCUAUCUAUCUAUAUGUCUGUCUUUCUGUCUGUGUGUCUGUGUCUGUCAUAUCUAUCUCUAUGUCUGUGUGUCAAUCUGUGUCUAUUGUCAUAUCUAUCUAUCUAUCUAUCUAUCUAUCUAUCUAUCUAUCUAUCUAUCUAUCUAUCUAUCUAUCUAUUUGUUUAUUGUCAUUAUCUAUCUAUCUAUCUAUCUAUCUGUCUGCCUGUCUGUCUGUUUAUUUGUUUAUUGUUAAAUCUAUCUGUCUAUCUAACUGUCAUAGUUCUUAUCUAUCUAUCUAUCUAUCUAUCUAUCUAUCUAUCUAUCUAUCUAUCUAUCUAUCUAUCCUAUUUUUCUAUUCAUUAUUUAUCUAUUUUUCUAUCUAUUCAUAUCUAUCUAUCUAUCUAUCUAUCUAUCUAUCUAUCUAUCUAUCUAUCUAUCUAUCCUAUUUUUCUAUUCAUUAUUUAUCUAUUUUUAUCUGUCUAUUCAUAUCUAUCUAUCUAUCUAUCUAUCUAUCUAUCUAUCUAUCUAUCUAUAUCUAUCCUAUUUUCUAUUCAUUAUUUAUCUAUUUUUUCGUGUCUAUUCAUAUCUAUCUAUCUAUCUAUCUAUCUAUCUAUCUAUCUAUCUAUCUAUCUAUCUAUCUAUCCUAUUUUUCUAUUCAUUAUUUAUCUAUUUUUUCGUGUCUAUUCAUAUCUAUCUAUCUAUCUAUCUAUCUAUCUAUCUAUCUAUCUAUCUAUCUAUCUAUCCUAUUUUUCUAUUCAUUAUUUAUCUAUUUUUUCGUGUCUAUUCAUAUCUAUCUAUCUAUCUAUCUAUCUAUCUAUCUAUCUAUCUAUCUAUCUAUCUAUCUAUCUAUCCUAUUUUUCUAUUCAUUAUUUAUCUAUUUUUCUAUUCUAUUCAUAUCUAUCUAUCUAUCUAUCUAUCUAUCUAUCUAUCUAUCUAUCUAUCUAUCUAUCUAUCUAUCCUAUUUUGUUCUAUAUAGACAGUAUCAGACAUGGAAUCAUAUCUUUCUUCUAUCAUUAUUUAUCUUUUAUCCUAUUUUCUAUUCAUAUCUAUCUAUUAUCUAUCUAUUUUGUUCCUUUCAUGGAAACACAUUUUCUAUCUAUCUAUUUUUCUGUCUAUUCUAUCUAUCUAUCUAUCUAUCUAUCUAUCUAUCUAUCUAUCUAUCCUAUUUUUCUAUUCAUUAUUUAUCUAUCUAUUCAUAUCUAUCUAUCUAUCUAUCUAUCUAUCUAUCUAUCUAUCUAUCUAUCUAUCCUAUCUUUCUAUCCUAUUCUGUUCUAUAUAGACAUGUAAAGAUAAAUUUCAUAUCUAUUCUAUCUAUUCUAUCUAUUUAUCUAUUAUUUAUCUAUCUAUUCUAUCUAUCUAUCUAUCUAUCUAUCUAUCUAUCUAUCUAUCUAUCUAUCUAUCUAUCUAUCCUAUCUGUUUCUUUUCAAAUCAUCUCAAAGCCCGAGCGAAUAGAACAAAAUCAAGAAAGCAGACAUUAA